UUUCAUCAUAGGUAAUUCCGGUUUCUCCAACGCCCAAUUCAUUAGGCACCUAGGACUACGCAGCGCCCACUGACAUGCUGGCUGCUCAUUUAAUACCCAUGUAGUAUUCUAUGCCUGCAAUUUAUUGCUUACAUUUUCCUGUCCUUUCUCUUGUUAUGACAACCUAUUAGAGGUAAACGUGUUAGAACUACAUUCAAGCAUUGAUAAGACGGCAAAAAUGAAGAAAUUUGAUUAAAAACGAUACCAAAACUGAGUACGAGAUGGCGCCUUAGUUUUAUAAACAUAACAACACCAUUAUCCACGACUUAGAUAUUUUGGACCUGUUGGGUGCACUUUCAUUUCUCACAUUUUCGAAGAAGGGACUUGGUGAACAAAGUAUUAUUAAGUGUACUAUGGAACACGUGAACAAUGGCAGCUUUGUUUCAACUAGUAACGAAACUUCUACAACCACUGAUGUUGGAAACAGCACAGAUACGCCUUUCGAUCAAACUUCAGGCUCACCUGCACACGACGACACUGUUAGCGUAGUCCUAAUACCAUUGGUAAUUAUCGGGCUCCUCCUCGGACUUGCAGCUAUAAUCUUCAUUGUAAUCAGGAGAAGAACUACCAAACAAGCAAGACGUCAAUUUGCCCCAGUAUAUUACUCUGUGGAACAUGAAGAAAGUGGUAAUGAAUGGGAAUCUCAGCUCAUGGAUGAAGAAUUGGCCAGACAUGCAAAUAUUGUUAAGCCAAAUCGUGGAAACCAAGCCAGACUCCAGUUUGAGAAGGGUGGCACUAAAUAGACCUAGCUAAGUCACUGUCUGGUGUGAUGAAUAGAACUAGAACAAGUAUUGUGAUUCAGCCUUCUGAAAUAAAAUUUUUAAGAAGCCAAAAUACAAUUGUGAUUGAAAAUAGAAAA